AUGGAAGGAAAGCUUUUCAAGGAAAAGGCAGCUCUAGAAGCUAAAUAUCAGAAAUUGUAUCAGCCUUUAUAUACCAAGGAAACGACAUUUAUAGAGCAGGUGGUAGCAGAUGAAAGCGAUAUGGAAGGUGUUCCACCAGCUUGCAUCUUCACAUGGAUGCCCUAG